GGGCUUUUAUAAGUAUUUGACUUUACUCAAAAUGUGCAAAGAGGAAUAAUGGAAGCGCCUGAAUACCUUGAUUUGGAUGAGAUUGACUUCAGUGAUGAUAUAUCCUACUCAGUCACGUCACUGAAGACCAUCCCAGAACUGUGCCGAAGAUGUGAUUCGCAGAGCGAAGACAGAUCAGUUUCUAGCUCUAGCUGGAAUUGCAACGUGUCGGCUCUCAUGACAAACACGCAAAAGCCCACAGGAAUCGCGGAUGUAUACAGUAAGUUCCGUCCUGUGAAGCGAGUUUCCCCACUGAAACAUCAGCCAGAGACUCUGGAGAACAAUGAAAGCGAUGACCAGAAGAACCAGAAGGUGGAGUACCAGAAAGGGGGUGAUUCCGACUCAGGCCCCCAGCCCGAGGAGCUCAGCCCUGGAGAUGGAGACAGUGGUCCCCAAAGUAAGAGCACCGAGCCCAGCACCUUGCUAGGGGAGCUGGAGCAUUAUGACCUUGACAUGGAUGAGAUUCUGGAUGUGCCUUACAUUAAAUCCAGUCAACAGCUUGCCUCUUUCACCAAGGUGGCUCCAGAGAAGAGAAUUUUGGGUUUGUGCACCACCAUCAAUGGCCUUUCUGGCAAAGCCUGCUCCCCCGGAAGUGCUGAGAGCUCACCAGCCAACAUGACACCGUUCUGUGUUCUUUCGCCAGUGAAAAGCCCUCACUUGAGAAAAGCGUCCUCUGCUGUCCGCGAGCAGCAAAAGCUCUCCGGGGAAGAGUCUGAGAGCUCACCGCCUCUGGUGAAGUGUGGCUCUGCAUAUGAGCCCGAGACCCAGACUAAGGACUUCCUCAUCAAGACCUUUAAUGAUCCUCCGAGUCGAAAACGCGAGAAGGCAAUGCCAGACGGCCAGCUCAGGGCCUUCCAUCCGCAGUCCGCAGCCACAGAACCCAAACUAGAAGAGCCGAUCGGGGGUGUGAACUGGACCAGCUCCCAAGGCCCGGAAGAAAGGAGUGAGUAUCUGAAAAAAGUGAAAAGCAUCUUGAACAUCGUUAAGGAAGGACAGAUAUCUCUCCUGCCACACCUCGCUGCCGACAACCUAGACAAAAUCCACGACGAAAAUGGCAACAAUCUCUUACAUGUGGCCGCGUCGCAGGGACACGCCGAAUGUCUGCAGCACCUCACCUCUUUGAUGGGAGAAGAUUGCCUCAGUGAGCGAAACGUAGAGAAGUUGACUCCAGCGGGCCUGGCCAUCAAGAAUGGUCAGUUGGAGUGUGUCCGUUGGAUGGUGAGUGAAACCGAAGCCAUCGCAGAGCUGAGUUGUUCUAAGGAUUUCCCAAGCCUUAUUCAUUAUGCAGGUUGCUUUGGCCAGGAAAAAAUUCUUCUUUGGCUUCUUCAGUUUAUGCAAGAACAGGGCAUCUCCCUGGAUGAAGUGGACCAAGAUGGGAACAGUGCUGUCCACGUAGCCUCCCAGCACGGCUUCCUCGGGUGCAUCCAGACAUUGGUGGAAUACGGAGCAAACGUUACCAUGCAGAACCAUGCGGGGGAAAAGCCGUCCCAGAGCGCCGAGCGCCACGGGCACACGCUGUGCUCCCGGUACCUGGUGGUGGUGGAGACCUGCAUGUCGCUGGCCUCCCAGGUGGUGAAGCUAACCAAGCAGCUGAAGGAACAGACAAUGGAACGCGUCACAUUGCAGAACCAGCUCCAGCAACUUCUGGAAGCCCAGAAAUCAGAGUCACUCCUUUCUUCACCCAGUUCACCAUCUUCCCCAGCUUCCAGAAGGUCCCAGUGGAAAUCUCCAGAUGUGGACGAUGAGUCUGUAGCCAAAAGCAAACCUGGAGUCCAAGAGGGGCUUCAGGUUCUUGGAAGCCUGUCGUCAUCCAGCCGGGCCAGGGCCAAAGGGAAAGAUGAAGAUUCUGACAAAAUCCUACGCCAGUUACUGGGAAAAGAUAUCUCAGAGAGCGUCUGCACCCAGGAAAAGCUGUCCUUGGAAUUCCAGGAUGCUCAGGCUUCCUCUAGAAACUCCAAGAAGAUCCCUGCGGAGAAGAGGGAACUCAAGUUAGCUCGGCUGAGGCAGCUGAUGCAGCGGUCCCUGAGUGAGUCCGACACGGAUUCCAACACCUCUGAGGACCCCAAGAGCACACCUGUGAGGAGGCCUGACAGGCCCCGGCCACAGCCCAUCGUGGGAAGUGUGGAGAGUGUGGACAGCGCAGAAAGCUUACACCUGAUGAUAAAGAAACACACCUUGGCAUCGGGACGUAGGUUUCCUUUUGGCAUCAAGGCCUCCAAAUCUCUGGAUGGCCAUAGCCCAUCUCCCACCUCAGAGAGCAGCGAACCUGACUUGGAAUCCCAGUGUCCCGGCUCAGGGACCACUCCCCCAAGCCAGCCCUCUGGAGACCCUGCUCAGCCCAGCCCCGACGGCACCGCCGCCCAGAAAGUGGCCAUGAGCCCCAAGAGUGCCCUCAAGUCUCCAUCUUCCAAGCGCCGGACCUCCCAGAACUUGAAACUCAGAGUUACCUUUGAGGAGCCUGUGGUACAGAUGGAGCAAACUAGCCCUGAGCUAAAUGGGGAGAAGGACAGAGAUAAAGGCAGGCCCCUCCAGAGGGCCUCCACGAGUAGUGAAUCAGGGGACCAACUGAAAAGGCCUUUUGGAACCUUCCGGUCUAUCAUGGAGACACUCAGCGGCAACCAGAACAAUAAUAAUAACUACCAGGCAGCCAACCAGCUGAAGACGUCCACACUGCCCUUAACCUCACUUGGAAGGAAGACAACAGACGCCAAGGGAAAUCCCAUGAGCUCUGCUAGCAAAGGAAAGAAUAAGGCGGCAUAAUGACAUCAAUAGAAAAAUGAAGAAAUCCUACAGCAUAAAGCACAAUGCUGAGCCAGAGUCAAAAGAACUCUUCUUGUAAAUCACUUUUUUCUUAUCUUUCACUGCCGCCCUUUGGACACCAUUGGAAAUUUCUGGACUACCCACUGUGGAAAUAGAAUCAUGAGAACCAAUGCCUCACCAGCAGAAGAACGGUAUCAGGAUGCCUUAAAUUUAUAGUAGUAGACUAUAUAAUACACAUUUUUGGGUGAUAUCUGUAUAUAUAACUUGUUUCUAAAGAGAUGACGUUUAAAAGCAUGAUUGGGCCAAUGUAUGUUUUUUAAGAUUGGAUUGGUUCAGCCUACCCACACGACGUCCACCUAAAGCCACUGGCGCCAUCUUGUCUUUCAUCAGUUGCAUGAGUGUUUGCUAAUGUUGAUUGAACUUUCCUUUCCCGGUAAAACGGGCAGUUUGGGCUCAGCUCCUAAAUGAGACCAGGUCAGUGGUAUUGUUUUCUGUCAAGAGUGUUUUUUCUGUCAUUUCUACUUUUUGUAUAAAGGAAAUAAAACAAUGUUAACAGCACCUAGAAGCUUGGGGCACCUACUUUCUAAUAAGCCUGUGAUGUUCUGCUUUCUAAGAGACCUUGAGACUAUUUUGAUUGCUGAUAUUUUAUUUCAGGAACAAACUGCCCAGUUUAGCUAUUUUCCCAUAGGGGUGAAAUAAAACAUUCUAGUUUUCAUUAA